AUGAAGUUAAAACCAUUAGUUCCGAAAAUCAAGCCAACAAAAAUAAGAUUUGAAAAUUUACCUGUUGAAAUAAUAACUAAAAUACUUUUAAUCAUACCUGAUAAAGUUUUUAAUCAUCCAGAUGAUAUUUGUAUAAAAUGUUUAAAUUUAAUUACCGUUAAAGCUUGUUUAACUAUAAUUUUUGAUAGAAAAGAUCUGUUAUACAAUGUUGAUGAAGGUUUACAACGUAAAAUAUAUGUUAAUUUUGGUAUGAAUGUAGAUAGAGCUGAUUUUUCAGAAUAUGUGAUUUUGAAUCAUAAUGAUGUAAGAGUUCAUUUACCAAUGUUUGCAUUUUUAAUUAAUUCUAUUCAAAUAUGGACAGCUGAUACUUCAUAUAAUACUUAUAUUUAUUUAUAUCCAUUUGUGAUUCAACAUUUACAUUCAAUUGAUGAUAAUUGUAUAAAAUUGUCAACUGAAGAUUCUUUAUCUACUUUGGGAAAUUAUUCAUUAAAUAAACAAUCUGAAGAUGCUAAAAGAUUUAAAAAAUAUAUGGAAAAAUAUUUAAAACCUGUUUUUUUAUAUGUACAACUGUUUUUCACAAAUAUUAAUGAUUUAGAAUUAGAUAUGACUUUUAAAUGUUUUAAAAAAAUUCCAAAAAAUAUUACAAAAUUUUGUAAACCAAAAUAUUUACAAAUUUAUUUAACUUGGUGUAGAGAUAAUCCUAGAUUUUUUAAAUUAGAAUGGAUAACUGAUUUAUUCCCAUUACAAAAAGUUGAAAGAUUUACAUUACAUUAUUUGGGGGAAACUGAAUUUAGAUAUGGUGAUAAAUUAGCUAAUGAAUUAAAAAAUGUAUAUAGAUUAAAUUUAUCAUUUGGUAAAAUUGAUUUUCAAAGAAUAUUGGAUAAUUUAAAUAAAAGAACUAAUAAUAAAUUAUUUAGUUUUCAAGUUAUAAUACCAAAAAAAUUUUAUAAUGAACAAGAAGAUAAAAUUAAUAGUAGAAUUUGGAGGAAAGAAAUUUGUCCUGAAUUUGUUAAAGUUUAUACAUUUAAAUAA